GAUAUUGCCAAGUCUAGUCCCCAACCUGAGCUCGGACAACCCUCGCACACAUAUAGCUAUCGAUCUAUAGCAUUCGAAUAUUAAUCUAGGGUUUCUCGCAACCGAUCAUCACCAAAAUGGCCAUGGCUGCUCUCAGACGCGAAGGCCGGCGUUUCGCCAACCCUCUCCUCUCUCCCCGUCCCAUCACCGCCGUUCGACCCUCUCUCUUCUCUGAGGAGGAUGGCCCUACGGGAUUUCGUAAUAUUUCAACUCAAGUGGUUAGAAACCGGAUGAAGAGUGUCAAGAAUAUUCAGAAAAUUACAAAGGCUAUGAAGAUGGUUGCAGCCUCAAAGUUAAGAGCAAUUCAAGUAAGAGCUGAAAAUUCCCGUGGCCUGUGGCAGCCAUUUACUGCACUUCUUGGUGACACUCCCAGUGUUGAUGUUAAGAAGAAUGUUAUCGUGACCAUUUCUUCUGACAAAGGUCUAUGUGGUGGUAUCAACUCAACAUCAGUCAAGACAAGCAAGGCUCUGCACAAAUUGGUUUCUGGUCCUGACAAAGAAACUAAAUAUGUUAUCUUGGGAGAGAAGGCAAAAGCAAUAUUAAUACGUGACUCAAAGCAGGACAUUGAGAUCAGCAUAACUGAGUUGCAGAAAAAUCCUCUGAAUUAUACCCAGGUUUCUGUUCUUGCAGAUGACAUCUUAAAGAAUGUGGAGUUUGAUGCUUUGAGGAUUAUCUUCAACAAGUUCCAAUCUGUGGUCUCAUUUCUGCCAACAAUGGCAACUGUCUUAUCUCCUGAGGUUGUGGAGAGAGAGUCUGAAUCUGGGGGACAGAUUGGUGAUCUAGAUGCCUAUGAAAUUGAAGGUGGAGAAACAAAGGGUGAAAUACUUCAAAAUCUGGCUGAGUUCCAGUUUUCUUGCGUUAUGUUCAAUGCUGUCUUGGAGAAUGCUUGCAGUGAGCAAGGAGCAAGAAUGUCUGCCAUGGACAGCUCAAGCAGAAAUGCCGGUGAAAUGCUUGAUCGUCUCACUCUUACUUAUAACAGAACUCGUCAAGCAUCUAUCACCACUGAAUUGAUUGAAAUUAUAUCUGGAGCAUCAGCACUGGAAGGUUAAAUCGCAGAAAUGGUUCUGCUUGUUAUCUGAAGGUGACGAAAUAAGUUCUUGGUGGAGGCUUUAUCAGAACUUCACAGUGGUAUUUUUUCCGGUAUUUUUUUUUUUGAGCUAAUCCAAUAAUCACUCCAGUGUCAAGACUUCAUUUUGGGGAAUUAAAAGUUAAUUUUAUGGCUGUUCCAAUUGAUUUUUUCUUGAAUUUUGUGCCUUGCACUUCAAAGAAAUGGGUUGAGUUGAGGACUUCA